AUUGUGUGUGCGUGCGCCUGUCACGUGGUGUGGAGCCAGCUUCCUUGUUGACAGACGUUUGACUGACUGGCGUCUUCUGCGAGCUGAGACGUCGGGGAGGAUGGUGUGCAGUCAUGGCGUUUUUGAAGACUAAAGAGCGAAAGAAAGAAAGGUUUUCUCUCCUGCUGCUAGAUCUGGAGGAAUAUUAUUUUGAAGAGCACACGGCGUACCAUGUGACCAGUAUCUCCUCCACCUCAGCCAAGACCAGAAAAAUCCGAGGUUCAUUCAAGGUGUGUUCCAGAUCGGUCAUUUUCGACCCAGAUGAUCUCACUGAGCCAAUUUUAAAGAUUCCACUGCGAGACUGCCAGCAGAUCCAGUUUGAGGCCAAAGAGAGCAACCCAUUCCAUGAACCGAAACCAUCCUCUAUUUCAAUAGAGUGUCAACAGGUUAUUUACAUCAAAGAGAACUGCAUCAUUUCACCGUACAGAAACCAAAGAGGGGCGAAGACGGUGAACUUCCAGCUGGAGGUGUGGCGGAAGACUGAAGAUGUGGUCCAAACUCUCCAUCAGCUGCACAGAGCAUCGUGUCUGGAAAAGCUCGGAGACCAGACGGCCAUGAUUACCGCCAAUCUCCAGUCUCGGCUGGCAAGGUCGUCUUUUGACAAGUUGUGCUUUCAGAGCGUGGCUGAGAAGCCUCACAUGGAGUGUGCGGUGGCCAUGGUCCUCCCCCUGGUGUCCAAUCCCGGCCACGCGUGCAUCACGGAUGACAAUCUCUACUUCCAGCCCCUGAAUGGAUACCCGGAACCAGUCAUUCAGAUCAAACUGCAGCAAGUGAGGCGGAUCUACAAGAGAAGACACGGACUCCGACCCCUGGGUCUCGAAGUGUUCUGCUCUGAGAACGACUUCUGCUCGGACAUCUACCUGAAGUUCUACAACACGACGGACAGAGAUGAAAUGUAUUACUACAUCGCCACGUUCCUGGACAACCACGUGACGGAGCACACGGCGGAGAGCUACAUGCUGCAGUGGCAGCGCGGCCACCUCAGCAACUUCCAGUAUCUCCUCCACCUCAACAACCUGGCCGACCGCAGCUGCAACGACCUCUCGCAGUACCCCGCCUUCCCCUGGGUCCUCGCCGACUACACGAGCGCGCAGCUGGAUUUGAGCAACCCUGACACCUUCAGGGACCUGAGCAAACCCGUUGGGGCGUUAAACCAGGAGCGCUUGGACCAGCUUCUGCAUCGCUUCCGAGGAAUGCCGGAGCCUCGCUUCCUGUACGGCAGCCACUACUCGUCUCCCGGCUACGUCCUGUUUUACCUGGUCAGGGUUGCUCCAGAACACAUGUUGUGUCUGCAGAACGGCCGCUUUGACCACGCAGACCGCAUGUUUAACAGUAUUGGAGAAACGUGGAAAAACUGCUUAGAGGGAGCAACAGACUUCAAAGAGCUGAUUCCAGAAUUCUACGGAGAUGAUCCCAGCUUCUUGGGAAACCAUCUCAACCUGGAUCUGGGCCGACGGCAGAACGGGAGCUACGUGGGCGACGUCGCCCUCCCGCCCUGGGCCUCAGACGCCAGAGAUUUUCUUCAGAAGCACAAGAUGGCGCUGGAGAGUCCGUACGUGUCGGAGCACCUCCACCAGUGGAUCGACCUGGUGUUUGGCUUCAAGCAGAGAGGCGUUGAAGCGCUCGUGGCGAAUAACGUCUUUCACCCGCUGACCUAUGAAGGUGGCGUCGACUGUGACAGUAUCGAGGACCCGGACCAGAGGGUGGCCAUGCUGACGCAGAUACUGGAGUUUGGUCAGACGCCCACGCAGCUCUUCACCACUCCUCAUCCUCAGAGGAUCACGCCGAGGGUGCAGCAGAACCUCACCAGGAGCCCCAGCCUCACCUCGCCCAUCAGUGACCUCACGCCAGGCUCUCUGAACGAGGACUCGUCCUUCGAAGAUCUGACAGAAGAGAGCAGGAAGUUGGCGUGGUCCAACAUGGGCCGCCUCACGCCGAGCGCCCGCCACAAGAUCCAUAAGGAGGCGGUGACGGCCGUCGCUGUGACUCGAGAUGGAGCUUCUAUCUUCACCACAUCCCAAGACUCCACGCUGAAGAUGUUCUCCAAAGAACUGAAGGACUUCCAGAGGAGCGUAUCUUUCUCCAACAUGGCCUUGUCAUCGUGCUUGAUGCUGGCAGACAGUGAGAUCGUGGCGUGUUCGUCGUGGGACAAUAACGUGUAUUUCUACUCCAUCCCGUACGGGAGGCGUCAGGACACGCUGAUGGGUCACGACGACGCCGUCAGCGAAGUGUGCUGGUCCAACGACAAGCUCUACACGGCGUCCUGGGACUCCACCGUCAAGGUGUGGCGGUGCGAUCCCCGUACUCUGUGCGCUCACAAGAGGUCCCGCUUUGAGCUGCUGGCGGAACUGGAGCACGAUUCCGGGGUGAACGCCAUCGGACUGAGUCCCACGGGGCGUUUGCUGGUAUCGGGAUGCAAGGACGGGGCCGUCACCAUCUGGGACACGAGCACCUACGGAACGCUGCAGCAGGUGGACUGCCACACGGGCACCGUGCACCGCCUGGCCUUCAGUCCUGAUGGUCUCCAUGUCCUCAGCAUCGGCGCCGACUCCUGCAUGAAAGUUACUGACGUGCAGACGGGAAUGGUCAUCUCAUCUGUCAAAGCCGAGGAGGAGCUGAGGUGUUUCUGCUGGGAUGGCAACUCUGUGUUGUGUGGGGGGCAGUCAGGUGACCUCCUGCUGUGGGACUUAAUGAGUAACGCCAUCACCUCCAGGAUGUCGGCACAUUCAGGUGCAGUCACGGCCAUCUGGAUGAACGAGCUGUGCGGCACGGCGGUCACGGGGGGAGAAGACAGACAGAUCAUCUACUGGAAGAUGCACAACUAAACAGCAGACAAUAAAGCAGCAGAGGAAAUAUCUGCAGCAUCUUACAGUACUUCUACUUGUACACUGACUGUAUAGUAUUAUAUACUGUAUAUACAGUAUAUCUGCCUUGGUACCUUAACACCGUCCCCACCCGACAUCCUCAGACUCGUGCUAAAGAAGAGGAGGACGGGAUAUAUUUCCAGAGAGAAAUGAUGCAGUCAUCAAACAUGGCUGAUGUCGGAAAGGUCAUUGUUUCUCCAGGAUAUUCUGGGAAGACAAAAAACACGCCGUGUUACCCCUCGUCCGUCCUUCCGUCAUCCACCCGACACGUCAGUGCCAGGACCAAAUUAUGGGAUGUUACCUUGAUAGGCCGCAGACUGGCGAACGCUCGGAGCAGCUUUGGUGUUUGUGGUUUUUGUCCAAAGAGAGCGAGACCUUUUGGCUUGUCCUCGUCUUUAGCGCCUGCGUUUUUGCCAGCAGGAGCUUUGGCCUUGGUCAGUUUCCUUUAUACGCACGCACACACACACACACACACACACACAUAUAAAUAAAAUGCCACCCAAAAUAUUGUCUCAAGAUUCUUGACAUUGUCAGUCAAUAAAAAUGUCAACAAGCCCCGGAGGGUCGAGUUCCAGUAUAUUUUUACUUUACUGAUGGCUUUUGUUUUCAUCUUCACCUCAGCACAUACGCAGUGUUGUUCAACAACGCAUCUGUUGUCAUGAUGUCUGGCUUGUUUUCCUUCAAAAAUAAACAUCUGCCAUUUGGACAUACA